AUGGCAACAUCAUCUAUAAUCAUGUUAAGCAAUGUAUCGAUGGAACGUCUUUAUUUAUCUCAACCACCAGCAUGGGCUGAUUUACAACGUUUACCAUUUUCGUUAAAUCAACAACAGCAAGAUACUCGUUCAAGCCAACAAAUAAUUCGUACGUGUUAUGAUAAACUUCUUCAUCAUAUGUAUGAUACGAAUUCAUCUUCAACUACAACAAUCAAUCAAAUAAAUGAACAAUUAGAAUUAGCUGCUGAAUAUUGUCAAUUGAAAAAUUUUCAUGAUGGAAAUGCUGUUUAUCUACAUUCGGAUCAAUUUUAUCUUGAAAUAAAAUUUGAUUCUACAGCACAUGUACCACAACAUGUAUCGAUUUGUUUCACUGAUGAACAACAAGUAAAUUCAGAUAGUUAUGUAUGUUCACGUAUGUUAAAAGCCUUAAAUGAAAAACAAUAUAAAUUAUUUCGUGAACAUUUAAAUGGUUAUGCAAAUUUAUUUACAUUAUCAGCACCUACUAUGAAUAAUGAUAGAAGAAUUGGUUCUACAGCUUAUAAAAUACUUCAACAAGAUUUAGAACGCUUAGCUAAAACAGAUGUUUAUGGAACAUUAUUAGAAGGUUUUGAACCAACUUGUGAAGGAUUACCUAUGCGUAUUAAAUUUAAUGAUCAAAUAAAAACUGAUCCAUUAUUACCAAACAAUGUUCGUAUUGUAAUUGUUCCAAGUAACAAUCAACAUUUUCUACCUAUGAAAUCCAGUAUUUAUAUGGAUGAAAAAACGAAUACAAUUCAAUUGGACACAUCUAUGAAAUCCAAUCUUCUUGCAACAGGUCAUUUUGCACUUGAAUUCGACGAAAAUCAAUCACCAUUUACAUUUCUUUUAUCAUAUGCUCAAGAGAUAAGUCAAUUAACGAAUAUAAAUAGUUUUAUUUCAAAUGUAAAAUCAUUUAAUUAUCUUUCAACUAUUAUACCGAAAACGAAAUCAUUCAGUCAAUACCAAUGGUAUAUAUCACAGGAUCAAUUAGCUAUAUCAAUUCGUCGAAUACCAUUUACAAAUUUAAAACAAUUAAUACGUAUUUUAAAUUUAAUAAGACAACAAAUCUACUUAACUAAAUAUUUCAAUUAUUACUUCAAUAAUGAUUAUGAUCAUGAUCGUAUGGAAGACGAUAGUUCUAAUGAAAUAUAUCUUGAAUUAUCAUUUUUAUCGUCAACAAUAUUAUCUAUAACAUGUGCGCAAUCAUAUCGCUUAUCAACAUUUUUAUUACAAAUGUCAAAUAUCAAUACAUUACCAUUAUUAAUUAAUCGGCAGCAACAAAAAGAAAUUUAUUUAACGAAUGAUAAAUGUUCUUUAUUAAAAUUAAUUGAAAGCAUUCUUAAAGAAGAUAAUUUAAAUAAAAAUUCAUUUGAAUCAACUAUGGAUUUUAAACCAACUAAUCAAUUACAAGAACUAACAAACAAUACAACGAAUCCAUCUAAAAUUAAUCGUCGUCUAUCGUGUGGUCCACCUGCUAAACCAACAUGGCGACGAGCCACAACACUACGUCGUAUGCAACCAGCUUGUUUAACAUUGGCAUCAAUAGAAACUGUUGAAGAGAAAAUUGAUGAUGAACCAUUAAUUGAUGAUUAUGUUAAUCAAAACAUAACAACUGAACCAUUCGAUGACGAUGACAAUGAUCCUUUUCCUGAAUCACCUGAUCAACAAAGUCUACAUCAUCAACAAAUAUUACCGAAACCAUCAUCGAAUCCUUAUCCAUCGUCAUUAAGUCGUUGUACAUCAGUUUCAUCGACACAAUCAAUUUCAACACCACCUAUAUUUGGUUUAUCACCAUCAACACCGUAUCCGGGCGGGAAAAAUAUUCCAAAUGGAAAUAUAUUUUUUCCACUGGGCAAACAAGUAUCGGUUCCCGAGCAUAGUCCAGUUACUUCACCAAUUAUCAUGGGAGCAUUUGACCCUUUAUCAUUUUUACCAACAAAUACAACAUCAUCGAAUCCUAUGUCAUCGAAUGAUCCAAAUAAUAAAACUCAAAAAAAGAAACGACGAAGAUCAGAACAUUCAGCCGACGAUUUUAUACAGACAUUAAAUAGUACUUCUAAUGAUAAUCGUUCGCCAAUCCUUACAACAAAACUAACAUCAUCUGGAGGUGAUCCAUCAAAUAUUAAACGAGGUAAAAAACCAAUGGAUAAAAAUCCACAACAACAACAAAUUGCUCGACAAAAAUCAGCAUUCAAAGUAACUGACUCGCCAACAACUGGUUUGCUAUCUCAACAAUCAUUAACAUCAUCAGAUGAAACACAAAAUGAAUUGAAGCCCUUAAAAGUGGUUAUAAAACGUGUUGGCGACAGUGGCAGUAAUUCAAAUGAUGAAUCUCAACAACAAGCCAUAAAGCAACGGAAAAAACAACAACAACAACAACAACAACAACAAAACAUGGCAAAUGCUACUGGAGCUUUACCAACAACUGUGAGAAAAUUGCCAAGUAGUAAUUCAUCGGGUGGAUCAUCACCAUCGGUUUUAAUCAAAAGUGAAAGUAUUGAUAUGUCCCAAUUAAAUGUUGAUAUAAAUCCUAAUACAAUGAUGACACUUAAUGAUGGAAUGCAAGUAUCACGUGAACGAUCACGUCCAUCAUCAUCUCAAUUGAAUCUAUCGACACCUCUUUCAUCAUCAGUAUCAUCUCAACCACGAUCAACUGCACCACAACCACCAAUUGUAUUGAAAAUUCAGCGAAGUAAAGUCUAUCCAGGACAAGAAUCAUCUUCAUCGAAUCCAUCAUCGUCAUUAUCAACUGUAGCAGCCACAACAACAACAACGAAUAAUACUCCAUCGUCACUUAAAGAAGCAUCUAAACCUCGUGCACGUUCAAUACCAUCUGGAGCAAAUACUAAUAAGCAAAGUGUCACAUCUCCACCACUUCUUGCCGCUAAACUUGCAAGUCCAUCGACAGCGACAACAAAUAAUCCUUUAGCACCACCAAUAUCUGUAAAUCCAUCGUUUCGUAUUCCAAGAAAAUCAUCAUCUCAAGAAGUUACAGCAAAGCCUAAAGUUGAGCCUAUUGCUCCGGCUAACAAUGCAAGCCCUGCUGUACCAAAAACUCCACUAUUACCAACACCAGUUGUUCGACCACCUCCACCUCCACCACCAUCACAAAUUGGCAGCUGGCAAUCACCGCCGACUCAACAACCAUCACGUUUCCAUCAAAGCCGUCCUCGUUCUGCCUGGUCUCAACAGCAAGCACCACGUGGACGAGCACCUAUAACACCACCUAAUGUAUCUGCAUUGAAUAGUGGCCAUACUUCAUUGCCAAAUUUUGCUCAACAACCACGAUCAAUACUGAAAAAACCCUCAUCAAAUGAAAAUCCAACAUCAGAUUCAAUCUAUAUGUCAUCAUCAGACUUACCAGGCUUGAACGAACAACGAGCUGGAGCAAACUUUGCGGCACCUCCACCACCACCAUCACGUACAUCUACAUCACCUGGCAUGUAUGAUGAUAAUGAUGAUGAUUCAUCGCCACAGGCACAAUUGGUGAUUGAUACAAGUAGCAAUACGACAAAUAAUGUUCUUUUACCAUAUACGAUCGUACCUGGUUCAACUUCAGGAGCAAUGGAUAGUUUCGAUCAACAACAUGAGAAUAAUACUAUGAUGAAUUCAUCUCAACAGCAACAUAUUGCUGACGAUUCACUAUCUAAUAUAGACUGA